AUGCAAACCCUGAAAGUCUUUGAUAAGGAGCAGAACCGUUUUGUUCAAGUCACGAGUGACAAUCACAUCCAGGUUUUCAGUACGUUGACAAACAAAAUGCAAGCGGAGUGUUACGACAAAGAAACCCUUGACUGCGAACCAUCAGCCAUUGCGAUAUGUUCUGAAGGUGUUGAAACUCCACAAAAGGGCGAGACGAAAAACAAACUUUCUGUGGCGGUAGGAAACCCACACGGUCGUGUAGUAGUAUGGGAUGUGAACAAUUCGAAGCAGACAGGGUUUUACGAUACCUCAUCGCCCGUGACUGCUGUUGCCUUGUCGACGAAAUUUUUGUACAUUGGAACGUCGAUUGGGGAAAUGCUCGUGAUCAACUUGGAGUCGACUGAGAAGCGCACUUUAAGUGUGAAUCAGAGUGGAGUCAGUGUGAUUAAACUGAUUGGAAAUCUGAUCAUAGCUGGUGGCAUAGAAGUGAAAAUAUACAACAAAGUGACGCUUGAGAAAAUUAUUAAGCAAUCGAUCCACCUUACUUCUCUGAGAGGAAUAGUUAACAUCAGUAAUGAACAGUUCAUCACUUACUCUGAUGAGAAACAUAUGUUCUUAUGCAACACAACAGAUAGAAAUAGAAUGCUCACAUUCUCAACAGACUCUUCUCCAGUUGUGGUCGACGCACUUUUCAUCGAUAAGUUUAACUUACUUGUUGCUGCUUUAUUGGACAAUUCGAUGAUCGACGUCUAUUUGUAUAACACUAAGACUAAAACAGUCAAGCCGAUCAUUCCAGACUCGAAAAUCAAAGUGACCAAUUGUGUUAGCCUUUGUCUGUUUACUGAUAGAGUGAUGGUGGCCUUAGAGAGAUCUGGGAAGUUGUAUUUCCAACAAACCAAAUUGCUUGAGAAAGGAAAGGUCAUUGAGAAGAUUAAAGAGAUUGUCAUCGACGACUCUGUUGACAAAACUAGUGCUGGGAACAAUAAAAUGAUUGUCGAAUCGAAAAUGAUGGAAGUCGUCCGCCCUGAGGACUUGGAAGAGAACACCCAAAAUGAAAAGGCGACUUUCCAACAGAAGUUGAAGGCCAUUGAACAACUUGGAACGAAAAAGCCAGAGACGAUUGAGUUGGCCAAAAACGGAGUUGUCUUGACUUUGACAAGAGCGUUGGAUACACAAGACCAAACAUUGAUAGCUAGAUGCUUGAAUAUCGACGACACCACGGUCAUUACUACUACUGUAGCCAAUUUGCCAGUGGAUUACGUCAUUCAGUUACUUGAUAUUGUCUGCGACUUAUUCACUAACACCCCAACAAAGGCAUUUGUUGCUACAUUGUGGCUGAAAAGCAUCUUUGAAUUGCAUUUGUCUUACUUGAUGAGCGUCAAGGAAGUCCACAAGAGUAUUGCGAAGUUGUACUCCAUCAUUGAAAACAGAACAACUUGUUAUAAGGGCAUGCUCCGAUUACACGGAAGAAUGAACUUGUUGUUGACACAGAUCGAAAAGAAGGAGAAGGUGAAAAAGGAAGCGAAGUGCGGCAGUUAUGUUGAGAAGGGGAACGCAAUGGAGACGGAGAGUUACAGUGAAGAAGAACAGAUGGAAGAAGAAAGCUCAUCAGAAGAAGAAGCACCUCAAGUCAAACUAAAUAAACAAGCUGUAUCUGAGGAUUCGUCGUCUGAAAGUAUGUCUGGGUCCGAAUCACAAUCCUCAUCGAAGUCCAGUUCAGAGUCUGAUUGA